AGCGGAAGCGGCGCGCAGCACGUGGGGGCGGUGCCGGUCAGAGGGCUUUGAGUCGUCUUGGUUUGUGGGAGGUGAGGCUGCCAGCGGCUACAGCCCAGGGCCGGGGGCAGAGCGCGGGGAACUGGAGAGACGCUGCGGAGCUCGGAGACCGGCUGAGCGUUAUGGAGGGCUCUGAGGAGCAACCGGGCCCACGGCCACCGCAUCCCGGGGACCACCGCAUCCGCGACGGCGACUUCGUGGUGCUGAAACGGGAAGACGUGUUUAAAGCAGUGCAAGUCCAGCGGAGAAAAAAAGUAACUUUUGAAAAACAGUGGUUCUAUCUGGAUAACGUCAUUGGCCAUAGUUAUGGAACCACAUUUGAAGUGACCAGUGGAGGAAGUCUUCAGCCUAAGAAGAAGAAGGAAGAGCCUACUUCAGAGACCAAAGAAGCGGGCACUGAUAAUCGAAAUAUAAUUGAUGAUGGGAAAUCUCAGAAACUUACUCAAGAUGACAUAAAAGCUUUAAAGGACAAAGGCAUUAAAGGCGAGGAAAUAGUUCAGCAAUUAAUUGAAAAUAGUACAACAUUCCGAGACAAGACAGAAUUUGCUCAAGAUAAAUAUAUAAAAAAGAAGAAAAAGAAAUAUGAAGCCAUGAUUACUGUUGUGAAGCCAUCCACCCGCAUUCUUUCAGUUAUGUAUUAUGCAAGAGAACCUGGAAAAAUUAACCACAUGAGAUACGAUACGCUAGCCCAGAUGCUGACGUUGGGAAAUAUCCGUGCUGGCAAUAAAAUGAUUGUGAUGGAAACAUGUGCAGGCUUGGUGCUGGGUGCAAUGAUGGAACGAAUGGGAGGUUUUGGCUCCAUUAUUCAGCUGUACCCUGGAGGUGGACCUGUUCGGGCAGCAACAGCAUGUUUUGGAUUUCCAAAAUCUUUCCUCAGUGGUCUUUAUGAAUUCCCCCUCAACCAAGUGGACAGUCUUUUAAAUGGAACAUUUUCUGCUGAGAUGUUAUCUUCAGAGCCAAAAGACAGUGCUUCGGUUGAAGAAAGUAAUGGCACACUGGAGGAAAAACAGACUUCAGAACAAGAGAACGAAGACAGCAUGCCAGAAGCCCCAGAGAGCAAUCACCCAGAAGAACAAGAAACAAUGGAAAUUGUCUCUCAAGACCCAGACUAUAAGGAGCCUAAAGAGAGAGGAAGCAAAAAGGAUUAUAUUCAGGAAAAGCAGAGGAGACAAGAAGAGCAGAAGAAAAGACAUUUAGAGGCUGCUGCUCUGCUGAGUGAAAGAAACGCAGACGGUUUAAUUGUAGCUAGUCGUUUCCAUCCCACUCCACUGCUGCUGUCUUUGCUGGACUUUGUGGCUCCUUCAAGGCCAUUCGUGGUGUACUGUCAAUAUAAAGAGCCUCUGUUGGAAUGCUACACAAAACUGCGGGAAAGAGGAGGGGUCAUCAAUCUCAGGCUGUCUGAAACCUGGCUCAGAAAUUACCAGGUUUUGCCAGAUCGAAGUCAUCCCAAACUACUGAUGAGUGGAGGUGGGGGGUACCUUCUCUCAGGCUUCACUGUUGCCAUGGACAACCUUAAAGCAGACCCCAGUCUCAAAUCUAGCACCAGCACUUUAGAAUCACACAAGACUGAAGAGCCAGCAGCUAAAAAACGGAAGUGCCCAGAGUCUGACUCAACCUUUCAAAAAUUGCUUUGAUUUUUGUUCUCAGACAUUAUGCAGUUAGUAAACUUUAAAUGCCAUUACUAAUUGUGUUUUCAUAUCCUAAGAAUGAGAACAUGUCUAUACCCCUGUUCGUGGGAAGGACAAGUAAGCCUUUUGUCCACCUCUGACACAGAUUGGUUCUGUCUGUCAAAACCUCGAGCCAGAAUACCCAAGCCUGGGGUAAGCAGUAAACUGGUAUAUGGCCAGUUGUGUUUAUUUCACAAAAAUCCUCUAAGUACUUUUAGUGCUCUGCGCAAAUAUCUUUAGAAUUUAGAGAUCAAAGAAAUAUAUUUAUACAAAACUUUGUUUAUAUGUUAAGCCAAGUGGAAUAACACACCAUCAGUGAAACUUGGGUACUGAAACGAAGGAAUUUGUGGAAGAAAUUUCCUCUGUUCAUUAUGUUCUCUUCAACCUAAGCAAUAUGAAUGUGUGUGAGACUUACAGUACCAAAAAUGUCCACCCUUUUCCCUCCAGUGGAAUAAACUUUUAAUAAUUUUAUAUUUUAUUAUCUUAAUAGUUGAUGACCUAGAAAAGAUCUGAGUAUUUAUUUUACUGCUGUUUUUGUCAGUAGAAAGGUGUUGUAGGGUACUUUUUUGAAUUAAUUUGCCAAUCCUCUCAUUCUUUGUUCCAAAUAAAGUGACUAGAAUUUUUGUGUACUAUUAAAUGAAACAGAAAUGGUUUUUUCCCUCCCCAGAGACUUACGGAGAUAGAUAGAUACAUGUAUAUGGAUAUUGGUAUAUGCGCAUACAUACAUAUAUUUAUAUGUGCACACACAUCCACAUGGAGACAGAGAGAACACACUGUCCAUAUGAACUUUAACAAAGUUUAGUGCAGGGCUUAGACCAGUCCUCAUUGCAUUAGUGUCACUCCUUGUCAAAUGUAUUUUAAAGUGCCUUUUUUUGGUGAUUAUUAAUGCUGGUUUGUUGAGCUCUGGCAUGACUAGGUGGUUAGCCUUUCUAAGCUCUGAAAAAGUGUAAUUAAAUUAUUUGGUCAUCUGCAGCCAAGAAAAGUGUUUAGAGGAAGCCACAGCUCUUGCCCAUUGAGAGUCUGAGUCUUGCUCACUAAACAUGCUCAUCGUGUGUAUUGUUCAUGUCGUUAUAGAAUAGAUGCAAUCAUCCAGCAAGGGGCAUCUCAGAAAAAAAGUUGCUUUUUCCUAAUAGCAUGUACUAUUCUAAAAAUGGCCAGUGUGGUUACCAACAACUACAGUUCUGAUUCCUUUUUCUUAAAACAAUUGCUUUUAAAGAAUAAAAGCAUUUCCUACUGUGAUCCAUCUGACUUACAUGAAUGAUGCUGUCAGUGAUGCCGCAUUCAUUGGCUUUCAGCUGAUUGUGACACAUGGUCUUUGUAAGAAAACAUGCCUGGAUUGGCAUGUCACUGAACAUGUGCUUGCAAACAGUUGUCACUCACAUGCAACCAGUCAAGUUUGGUCGAAGAGAACACAAUAUAUGCACAGACUAGAUUCAGUAGUGACUGGUCUCCACUGGUCACUGUUGUUAGAACCAUCUCCUACUUGAAACUCAACCAGUUUUCAAGUCCCAUCUCAUUCCAUUCAGUGUGGGGGUCUGCACUGCCGAGGACCUGUGCGCCCAUAUAGCUGCCCCUGGAGUUGACUUGUGGACUUUUGCACCAAGUUAACUUAAAGUUAACCUUUACUUGUUAAUGUUUUCUCAUUCAUGUAAUUUACUUCAUCUUUGAGUACUGAUGAUUUAAUUCAGUGGUUUGAAAAUUUAGUGUGCACCAGAAUCCCCUGGGGGGCUUAUUAAAACACUGAUUGCUGGGCUCCACCGAGUUUCUAAGUAUUAAGUCUGCAAUGGGGUGGGAAAUUUGCAUUUCUAAGUUUCCAGGUGACACUAGUGCUGCUGGGCCGGAACCCACUCCUUGAGAAACACUUCUGUGUAUACACACAUAUCAAGAGUGUCUUGUUUAUAAAGUGGACAUCCACCUUUGGAGCACAUGAGUGGGUAAUUCUAUGACUACUAGACAUCCAGUCACCAGGAGAGCUAUGUGAAAUAGCACUUUAAUGAGUGGCCAUCAAAAAGUAAAGACAAAAUCAUUAUGUAAUGUCCAUCUUACUUCUCCAUUGGAUUAGGAUACUUGGAAAUAUACAGUGGUGCCAGUUAGAAGAUUUUUUAGCAUAAAGGUACAUUAAAAUUGUAUGACGUUUUAUUGAGUUGUAAUUGACAUAAUAACAUUGUGUAAAUUUAAGGUGUUCAGUGUUGAUUUGAUGCAGUUUUGUAUUGCAGAAUUAGCUAACACCUCCACCUGUGACAUACCAUUUGGGUUGGGGGCGAGAACAUUAAAAAUGUACUCUCUUA